AUGUCUGCCUUUUCCCCGUACAGUUCGCCGCAGCAGCCGCAUCCGGCGAGUUUCCCAACCGCGUGGGGUGGCGACCAGCAUGGUAUGAUGCUUCAGAUGGGGCUGCAAUACGGUCAGAGCAUGCUUCAGGGAGGGGAGCAGCGGUUCAUGCAGCACAUGCCAGUUAUUUCCAACAUUUACCGCUAUUUCCGCGUGGAUAAUAAUUAUGUGAAGAAAAAGCUGGCGAUUAUGCUCUUCCCCUUUUCGCGGCGAUUUGAGAGCCAUUCACAUGGGCCGGGCUCAGAGCAGGAGGCCGUUGGAGGAGCGACGGGAUUUGGGGGAGAUGCGGCGCCCUUUUCACCCACCGCAGGCGUGGGUCGCCCGUAUCCAACCACACCGGCCGCCCUACCCACAAAUGAUGCGUAUGCGUUGGACCUGUAUCUUCCGCUCAUGGGCGCCGUCACGUACAUCAUCCUUUCUGGGUUUGUGCACGGACUGCAUCACUACCGCGUAACGAAUGAGGAACUUUUGGGAAUUGCCUCAGCUCUAGUAUUCUGGUUUUUAGUAGAGGUUUUCGCACUCAAAGUGGCAAGCUACUUCCUUCGACUUGUGCCAGACAUAAACGUGUUGGACCUUAUGGCCUUGACUGGAUACAAGUAUCUUACGGUUUCCAUUAUUGUGCUUUUGCGGGAGCUCCUACAAUUUGAAAGCGACGCCUACUACGUGGGUGUCAUGGCGUCCUAUAUUUUGUUUGCCAACGGCGUCUUUGUCAUGAAGAAUAUAAUGCGAAUGUAUAAAUGCGAAGGACGGACCCCGUCAAACGUGAGGCUGCUGGCGUACGGUGCCGCAUUACUGCAGGCGCCGCUUGUGCUAUGGCUAGCCGUCAGGCCAUUUUGGUAG